AUGCGCCGAAAGGUUGAAUUUCGGGAUUGUAGAAAGCAUCGAAAGGAAGAUUUCCACAAAGCUUUAGCAGAAGAAGAUUGGGAGGAUGUAUCGCAGUCCACGAAUGUAAAUGACGCUGUGAAUUGUCUUGAACGUAAGAUCAUGGAUCAUAUGAAUAAAUGUAUGCCCACAAAAACAGUCUCAAUUUCGUCACGUGACCCUUACUGGAUGAGUCCUUUAAUUAAAUCUUUGCUAAAAGCUAAAUCCAGCAUUGCUCGGUCGCAAAAGGAUAGACUCAGCGGUUUAAUUAACAAAAGGAUUUCUGAUGUCAUUUGUCUAAACAGAAGAAAUUUUAGGGCCUUGGUGGGAAGUAGAACUUGGUGGAGAAAGACGAAUGAUAUUUCUCAGCGAAAUGCAUCGUCAUCAAGAGUUACUUUGGAUAAUGCAUCACUUGCAAGAUUAAAUCGCUACUUUGGCCAACUCUGCCACGACGAUAAUUAUGUCGAACCGACGCUCUCAAUUAUUGGUGAUGAAGUAGAUAUUCCUAGCUUCACGGAAUAG